UUUUGAAUUUGAUGGCAAAGAAAUUGCUCGACUUAAAUCUAGAGAACGAUAUGAAAGAAAUCGACAAACUUAGGGCUCUUCAUGACCUGGCAGGGGCGAUCGUAACCAUGCCCAUCAACAUUCCGGGCUCGCCUUUCGCUAAGGGAAUCAAGGCCAGGAAUAACGCUGCACAAAAAGAUAAACGAGUGCAUAAAGGAGAGGAAGGAGCAUCCAGAAGCGGUCCGCAGUGAUCUGUUGACUCACCUUUUGAAGGAAGCCGCGUUCCCCGAGGAGGUCAUUGCAGAGUUGAUAAUGUCUCUCUUCGUUGCCUCUUACGAGACUAGGACCUCUAAAGCCCUCACUUUUGCUGUAAAAUUUCUCACUGACAGCCCGCGGGCGUUGAAGGAAAUGAGGGCGGAGCAUGACGCCCUGGUGCGCCUCAGUGGCAAUGGAAAGCUCACCUGGGACGACUACGCCUCCAUGAAUUUCACCCAUUGCGUGAUCAAGGAAACUCUACGACUGGGCAACGUUGCGCCUGCUGUUUUCAGAGAGACGGCACAAGACAUCAAAACCAAAGAUUUUGUGAUUCCCAAGGGAUGGGCAGCGUUGGUGUUGCUGAACAGCACACAUCUGGAUGAGAAAAACUACCCCGAAGCUCUCACAUUCAAUCCAUGGCGCUGGCAACACGAACCUCCUCUGGAGCUUUCCAAGGAUCCAUGGUUCCUGUGUUUUGGGGGAGGUGCCAGGUUUUGCCCUGGAUAUCAGUUUGCCAAACUUGAGAUGGCUCUCUUUCUCCAUUGCUUCAUUACCAAAUUCAGGUGGGAGGCAGUGGAAGAAGAUCAUCUACAUUACUUUCCAUACACAUAUAUGGUAAAGGGUCUUCCCCUUCGUCUCUCCCCUCUACAGUGACCUGCCAGAUCACUUCAAAUUAGUCGUUUAACUCCCGUCCUUGUGCCCAACUAUUAUAGAACGGGAUGAUCAGGUGGGAGGCAGUGGAAAAGGAUCAUCUACAUUACUUUCCAUACACAUAUAUGGUAAAGGGUCUUCCCCUUCGUCUCUCCCCUCUACAGUGACCUGCCAGAUCACUUCAAAUUAGUCAUUUUACUCCCGUCCUUGUGCCCAACUAUUAUAGAACGGCCCAUGCAACUUCAUCUUGUUGGUUCCUAUAGAGUGCGUCAAAGUAAAACAAGAAGUAAUAUGAAGAUUUAAUAAUUUUAAAGCAUUCAAAAUGUUAAUUCUUCUCGCAGUUAGUGCUUCAUUCAAACUAUCAAAAUAAACAAAAAGUAUGCUACGUUGUAUAGUUUAUCAUGCUAAAGGCAUUCUAAAAUGAAAUGGAUGAUUUGUUUGUGAAAAUCAACAAUUGAUAAUGAUAGAAAAAGAUGCAAGACAAUUGAAAUAAUUUCAACCAUCAGAUUUUCUA